AUGAACAUGGGCGACGGCAAUACGCCUGCCGACUCGACUGGCUCAAGUGAAGCAGCCCGGGCAGCAAAGUCAGCUUCAGGAGUGACAGCGCAGCGACCAACCGAGGCGAGGGUCACUAAACCGAAACGAAGUGUUGUCCAUGUGGCAUGUGCUUGUUGCAGACGGCUUCGCAUCAAGUGCGACGGAAACAGGCCGACUUGCCAACCAUGCGCGAAGAGAUAUGAGGAUUGCGUUUACGAUGUCGAAGCGAACACCACCCGGUCGAAUGCUUUGAAACGCAAGAAUGAGGAGCUGACGAAGGAGAAUGCGAAACUCCGCGAGCUGUAUGCCUUUGUGCGCGACCGCCCACCACGAGAAGCGGAGGAGAUCUUUCGUCGCAUACGGACGACUCAGGAUCCACUGGAUGUCUUGAAGCACGUCUCUACAGCAGAGUUGCUCGUCGCCCAGGCGGCUACGUCCAGCUCGCAGACCCAGAAUCUCGAUACUCACACCACCACACUUAACGGCAAGCGUACUUCCAGACUUGGCUCCAAAAAGUACGAUCCUGUCUACGACGAUUAG